CUUCACCUUCCUAGAUGGAGACUAACUUGAGCGACUUGCGAGCCAACCAUCGUUGAAACACCUCAAGUUCUUGUAUUCUACUCUCCAAUCUACCCCUUAUCAUUAUACCUUCAAGUUUUCUUGUUCUCGAUCUCUCUUUUCUUUGUCCCUGUUGCCUUGAUUUCACAGAAACUGUGGAGAAGGCAGAAGAAGGAAUGAUGGGUUCUGAUCCAUUGAGUCAGAUAAAGCCAAUACCAAUCCCAACCCAAGAAGAAGAUCCUUCAAGCCAAUCCGCAGCUCUCCUUUCUUUCGACACUGAUUCUUCUUUAGACCCUUCAGCAAAUGAACAUCCUUCAAAGCCAAGGACCACUGUUGUCUUCAUUGCUUUAAUACUCCUCACUUGCAUUGCUCUUUCCGCUGCCUUUGCCUUUGCCUUCCUCUUUUACACUUCUUCCUCUUCAUCAUCUUCCUCUUCAGCUACAGCGCACAGCUUCUCUCGUCCUUUGAAGAAACUGGAAAAACCGGUGGUUCUUUUGGUUUCCUCUGAUGGAUUUCGAUUUGGGUACCAAUUCAAGACCUCAACACCGAACAUCCACCGUUUGAUUGUUAAUGGGACUGAAGCUGAGAUGGGUUUGAUUCCUGUUUUCCCUUCUCUUACUUUUCCUAAUCAUUACUCCAUAGUUACUGGCCUUUAUCCUGCUUAUCAUGGUAUUAUAAAUAACCAUUUUUUGGAUCCUAAAACUGGUGAGGUUUUCACUAUGGCAAGUCAUGAACCCAAGUGGUGGUUAGGUGAGCCUCUUUGGGAGACUGUGGUCAAUCAUGGGUUAAAGGCUGCUACCUUUUUUUGGCCUGGAAGUGAGGUAAAAAAGGGUUCUUGGAAUUGUCCUGAAAAGUUUUGUAUGGACUAUAAUGGUUCUGUUCCUUUUGACGAUAGAGUUGAUACUGUUUUAAGUUAUUUUGAUUUGCCUGCUAGUGAGAUUCCUGUGUUUAUGACAUUGUAUUUUGAGGAUCCUGACCAUCAGGGUCACCAGGUUGGACCUGAUGAUCCCGAGAUUACUGAGGCUGUUGCUAGAAUUGAUAGAAUGAUUGGGAGGUUGAUUGAUGGUUUAGAAAAAAGAGGGAUUUUUGAGGAUGUUACUAUAAUUAUGGUUGGAGACCAUGGGAUGGUUGGUACAUGCGAUAAAAAGCUGAUUUUCCUUGAUGAUUUGGCGUCUUGGAUUGAAAUUCCGGCCGAAUGGGUUCAGUCUUAUAGUCCGUUGCUUGCGAUUCGUCCACCUCCCGGUUAUGCACCGUCAGAUGUUGUUGCAAAGAUGAAAGAAGGAUUGGAAUCUGGGAAAGUUGAGAAUGGGAGGUAUCUGAAGGUUUAUCUUAAGGAGGAGCUACCUAGUCGGCUACAUUAUGCAGCUAGUGACCGGAUUCCUCCCAUAAUAGGGCUGAUUGAGGAGAGUUUUAAGGUGGAGCAGAAAAGGACUAAGCGAAAAGAGUGCGGAGGAUCACAUGGAUAUGACAAUGCUUUUUUCUCCAUGAGGUCCAUUUUUAUUGGUCAUGGUCCUCAAUUUGCAAGGGGGAAGAAGGUGCCAUCUUUUGAGAAUGUUCAUAUAUAUAACUUGGUAACAUCAAUUCUCAAGAUACAGGGUGCUCCCAAUAAUGGGUCUUCAGCAUUUCCUGUGUCUAUUCUUUUACCUAGCCAGUAAUAAUUAUCUCUUAAGCAUGUUUCGAGUGAUCCUAACUGCUGAAGUAUGGUGUAGAAGUUGGCAAGAUGACAACUGCAAGGCCAAAUGACUAUCUGUUCACCCAUGCAGAUAAUUUUGAAUGCAUAUAUCAGUGCCGUAGCCAGAAAAUAUAUUUAGUUGGGUUAUACUUUAAAAUGAUACGUUUAUGUUGGAAAAACUUGUAUGUCAAAUUCACUAGUUCUAAAUUUACAAAAAAUUAGUAUAUGGCCUUAUUUCGAUAAGUUAAAUACAAUGACAAUGAGAUAUUAUAUCAUGCCUAUAGUAUAAACUUCCAUAAGUUUUAUGGAUUAAGUUGGAGUUUUGUGCAAUGCAAUGACAAUGACAAUGAGCUGCAUGCACCAUGUCAUAUGGAAUUCAUGUUACUAUUUUAUGCAAUGCUGUUAUGAUGUUUUAAAAGUAUAGUUGAACUACAUCGCAGAAGAGCAAAGUAUUCUGGCAUUGUUCUCUCUGCUUCUGCCCCUUCCUUGGACAAGGCCUAGGUUGCUCAUCUAAUUUGGUGUCUUUCUUCUAGUACAUAUCUUGGAUCUUGGAAAUUGGAAUUCACAAUUAAACUAAACCAAAUAAUUUAGAAGCUAGUUGUUUCAAUGUAUGCGCUGUCUUGCAUGGAGACCAAAUUGCUAAGCUUCUUGAGCUUUGAUUUUAUUCUCCCUUGCAUCAUAUCUUUUCGUUUUGUGGGAUUAAUCGUAUCAUAAGAUUCUAAUAGCAAAACAUAUUCUAAUCUCCUCUGUAACUCUAAGCAGUUCCUUAUCAGGGCUCAGGCAAGGUUUUCAUGAUUUGCUACGUUCUUAUUGAAAAAAAAUGAAUAUUAAAUUGUGGGAUCUUCUUGGAAUUGAUGCUAUCUAGGAGUACAGAUUCUUUGACAUGGAAGUGGUUUCCUAAGAAUUUUUAUAAUGACAAAACUUGGAAUCUUUGAUUCUUUUGGGAUGCAAUUGGGUUUCCCCCUUUAUUUUACUUUAUUCUGCAUGAUUGACCUCUGUCAUUCCUGUGAAGAAUGAAGAAGAGUUACGGUACUGAUGUUUGUCGAUGAAACUCUCAGCAUAAUUGAUAAGGGCCAUUCAUAAUGUCUAUUGAUUUAUUGUUAAGUUCAGAGAAUCGUGAAAACAAGUUUUUUAAUAUUCAGUUCUUCUAUUUGCUUGGCUUAGGUCUUUUUGUGGUGAACUGAAAGCCAGAGCGAAUAGUAGUUAAAUAGCACUUUGAUAUUGAUAUAUUCUCUCAUUAGGAAGAUGUCAGAG